GCUGGGCUGUUAAUAAACAAGCACCUUCCCCACGAAAAACAUCAGCAGGACUGUACGGUCGACAUCAUCUGCGCUUUAAAAGCAGAGGGUCAAAGAACGGCGUGAAGACUGGAGCCUUAAAGAAAACAACGGGGGUUCCCGUUUAAAACACCAGUCACCCACCUACCGCCGGGAUCUCUGCAUUGAUUCUGAAACAGGUCCCUGUUUUUGAAUAAGUGCAAAUUGCCAUACAUCUCGACCACCGCUACAGACCUCAAGCGUGUCGCCCCGUAACCAGGACAAAAUGGUGCAAAACAAGACCACAGAAGUAACUGGGUUCCAUCGUUCAUUUAAGGGCCAAAACCCCUUUGAAUCCGAUGAGUUCUCCAAAACAGGAUCCCAUCUCCUUGAUUCGGCCUUCAAUUUCGAUUGCUCUGCCCGACCUGACAUGCCAUCCAGUCGGCCAAUUGAUAUACCAGAUGCCAAGAAGAGAAACAAGAAGAAGAAGAGAUGCCGGGCAACUGAUAGCUUCACUGGACGAUUUGAGGAUGUGUACAGACUUCAGGAAGAGAUUCUAGGAGAGGGUGCAUAUGCCCGAGUCCAGACCUGUAUCAGCCAAAUUACCAACAAGGAAUAUGCUGUCAAGAUAAUUGAGAAGAGACCUGGACACAGUCGCAGCCGAGUGUUCCGGGAGGUGGAGAUGCUCUAUCAGUGCCAGGGACACAGAAACAUUCUGGAGCUGGUGGAGUUCUUUGAGGAAGAGGAGAAGUUCUACCUGGUGUUUGAGAAGCUGAGAGGAGGUUCAGUUCUGGCUCACAUCCACAGGAGACGAAACUUCACCGAGCAGGAGGCCAGCAUUGUGGUGCAGGACAUUGCCAGUGCUCUGGACUUCCUCCAUAAUAAAGGAAUGGCCCAUCGAGACCUGAAACCGGAGAACAUCCUCUGUGAACAUGAACAUCACAUCUCCCCUGUUAAAAUCUGUGACUUUGACCUGGGUAGUGGCAUCAAGCUCAACAGCGACAGCUCUCCCAUCUCCACCCCAGAGCUGCUGACCCCUUGUGGCUCUGCGGAGUACAUGGCUCCUGAGGUGGUGGAGGCCUUCAGUGAGGAGGCCACCAUCUACGACAAGCGCUGUGACCUGUGGAGCCUGGGCGUCAUCCUCUACAUCAUGCUGAGCGGCUACCCGCCCUUCGUGGGCCGCUGCGGCAGCGACUGUGGCUGGGAGAUGGGCGAGCCGUGCCACACAUGCCAGAACACGCUGUUUGAGAGCAUCCAGGAGGGGAAGUACGAGUUCCCCGCGAAGGAGUGGGCCCACAUCUCCCCCAGUGCCAAAGACCUCAUCUCCAGACUGCUGGUGCGGGACGCCAAGCUCCGCCUCAGCGCUGCUCAGGUUCUACAGCACCCUUGGGUGCGCAGGGGUGCUAUCAAUACCCCUACAUCCUCCAUUCUACUGCAGAGGAACAGCAGUGCUCGGGACCUGACCUUCUUUGCUGGGAAGGCCGUGGCCAUGAACCGGCAGCUGGCGGAGCAGGAGGACCUGGAGGAGCAGCAUCAGCACGGGGAGGGGCCCAGUCCUCAGGUGGUGACGGCUGGCUCCGCCUCCAUGCGCCUGUCCCCACCCUCCAAGUCCAAGCUGGCGGUGCGUCGUCAUGGCCACAGCAGCAUCCUGAAGGGUGCGCCCGUCUCUGCCAACGAGCUGCGCCAGCUCCUCGCCCCCCUCGUCAUCAUGGGAGACUGUGCCUGAAACCAACCCCCCUGCCCCUGCUCUUACCCCCACAACUCCCAAAUCCCCCCCCUACCCCAAACAGCCUCAGCACCGCCUGACCCAUAGCCAUGCCUGGCCCACACCUCUGCAGUCCUGGAACCUGAGCUUCAAGUCACACACACCCAUACAUGCAUACACAUUCACACUCACAUGCGCGCGCACACCCAUAUACACACACACACACCAGGCUGCCCUCUGCUUCCUUCUAGCACUUUGACAAGCACAGGAGCCAGGCGUGUCCAGCGUGGCCAGAGGUGCAGGGCCAGGGCGCUCAGUGGGCCGUAACACACUCGCACUGAGUGCACAAGUAGCCUUCAUUAGUCCAGUCUAUGGCAGAGUAUUGGAAGCAAGCUCAUACACCAAAGCUCCCCCCUCAACACACACACACACACACACACACACACACACACACACACACACACACACACACACACAGCUGCUGCUUCCAUAGAAAGAAUCCACUGUGAAUUUGCUUUUUUAUUUUUUAUUUUUAAAUUGUUUUUGUUUUCAUUCCCUGUGGCCAUGCUGGACAGUGAGUUGAUGUGGAAUGUAUUCCUGCUGUACGGCUGCUGUGGGUGUACCCGGCAGCCUCCUCUCAACUACUGCCCUCUGCCCGCCCGCGCGCGGCCCGGUGUCCAGCAGCACCCGCUCAGAAACACACCUGCCCUGCCCUGCCCCUCACUUCCACAGGCCCGGCAGAAGAAAUAAAGCCCAUUAUUUUGCACUAGAGUCUCUAGUUUAAUUGAAACAUACACGUUGGUGUAAGAUUUUUAAUCCCAAAGGAAAAUUGGUUCCAGUGGAAUAAUAAUGGUAAUAAUUGCUAAGUCUCCCUACCCCGAAUAUCUGGAAUUGAAGGCCAGUCCUUAGCACUGUAAAUGAUGUGUCUAUGGGACUCCACUGAACUCAUAUGCUGUCUGAUUAGGCAGGGUAAACUCGAAGACCAUGCUAAUUGGUGUCCUCCCUGUGCCUCUUUGAGGGGAAAAAUGCAAAUUGAAAGUAAUUGAAGGUUACAUUAUUGUUGAGACUAUGCCCUUAAAAAGCCCAACGUUGAACCCCUUAGCAUUAAGACUGAGGAGAACUCAGACGAGAGCAGUCAAAGCUGCCCAGCGUGAGUGACGCCAUACACCAAGUGUUCAAAGGUUAAGAUAAGCACAUUUUUUUUCUGAUGUGACUUAAAUCAAUGAUUUACUUUCACAUUGGGAGAACACAGCUUUGGCAUGGUGACAACAGCCCAGGUAUUAUUGCUUGUUUUGAAACCAUUGCUGCCAGGAUGGGAAUCUACCAUGACCUGAGAGAGAUGGGGCAGAUCUAGGAAAUAAUUUGGAAUAUAGUUUUAAACAUUUAAAACAUGGAACGCAUUCCAACAACAACAACAACAACAACAAAAAACAAACAAAAACAAAAAAACCUAAAAAAAAAAGUCUUCCAAGAAAAAGUAGCUUUACGGACAUGUAUAAGUUCCUUUAAAGGUUUACUUCUUAUGUUGAUGGGACAACUCCAUGUCAGAUUCACAUUGUGCCACACUGAUUUGACAUUCAUGUUAAGCUUUUAUCUACAAGUGGGUGCUGUCAGUCGUUCAGAUGCAACACCAGAUAUUCUUUUUUUUUUAAGCUUUCUCUUUUAGUUCUCUCUUUUUAAAUGUUAAUGGUCUUGAAUAUUGAUGGAGGUUGAAGGUGGUGAGCAGGAGCGAAUGAUCUGAGUCGUGAGGAAGGAUUGUUUUCAGGAGGAGGAGAUGAAUGACGAGCAUUGCCCAGUGAAGGCAAUAUGUGAUGUGUUCCCUCAUUAUUUAGUUUAAAGACAAGUGUUGGCAAUGAUCCCAUCUUUUGAGGGUGGAGGGAAAGUCCCGUUGGUCUUUAAAUGGUCUCGACUGGAGAUGUCCAUCUGUCAGACAUCGUUGCCAUUGCCAAAGUCUGCACUUCUGAGAAGUCCGAGACCCCCGUUCAGAUUCUCCUGUGUCUCUGGGCUCUAGCGUGCUCGUUCACCAUGACGACGGAAUCUCUCCCAAGCAUUUGCAGAUCCUUUUGAAUGAGGGGGAAUUGCCAACGCUGCAGCUUGGUACUCUGCAUAGAAACGCUGAUGACAGGACACUGAUUGUAAACCUUUUUUAAAAAAUCCUUUCUACAGUCUCAUCUUUGUGGGUGUUUAUGUCUUAUAGUAAGACUUACUUGAAAUGUUUAUGCAGCUGUUUCCUCAAAUUUUGCUUGGGAAACUUCCUUGCUUUAAAAAAAAAAAAAGAAUCUGAACAAAGCAUUCAUAAGCUGAAGAAGGCUAUCUCUGGUUUUGACAGUAACUUCUACCACUUCAGUUCAGUAUUUUAAUUUUUUUUUUGCCCUUAAUGUUUUGUCCAUGAUGAUUUAAAACACCAUUUAUGGAUUCUUCCCCGAGUCCUGGGCUUUAAUCAGGAGUUUUCCUGUGCACAAAAGUCGGUGGUAUUUGGCUUAACAACACUUGGGUAAAAGGUCUUCCAGAUGCCACUCUUUGUCCAUUGCAUUUAGUGUUGGACUGCCUUGAAC